AUGGACCUCUCUUCCCUCGAAGGCCCUCCUAUCCUCGACCAACCUCACGCCAGAGACCCUCCCUCCGUGCAUCUUGCCGCCCUCCCCUCUUUAGGGCUUCCUCCUCGACCAGCCUCGGCAGACGCCGUCUCUCGCAUCUACUCCUUACAAUCACAACCGCAAUCGCAGACCCCCUCACACGGUUACUCGCGCUCUCAAUCGCAUCUCAUCCCAUACCCCCAAAUCCCCUCUUCCCACAGUCUCUCCCCCAACGCCAACCCGGACAGCAACCUGCCGCCGCACUACCGGCGCGCCCGCACCCCCAGCCCAACACCCAUGUCGUUGGCAUCGUCUUCUCCGAGCCCCAACAGCUCGCGUCACACCCGACGGGCUCCGUCCCCGCAACGUCUCGUUUGGCUGGACGCCGAGAAAAGCUGGGUCAUCGUCUCGGGGUCGCAGACGUCGGUGUAUCGGCCCUCUAGCCAUGGGUGUCACUGCGGGGGAGGCAACGGUAUUGGUGUCGGGAUGAGUGCGAAUAUGUCCUCCACGAACACAAACGCAAACCUGAACCCGAACACGAUGAUGCCUACCAUGAACAUCAACCCUGUUGCGGACCUCUAUCCCUCUCCGAUGAUGGACGCGCCGCCCCCUUACGAGAGUCAUGUUUUCGAUAAGCCGCUGGUGCAGGUCCAAGGGCCCGGGGGAAGUCGUCGCAGACGAACCAACGAGUCCGCUGCUGAGUCGGCCUCGGGGUCUGGCUCUGACGGGGAGCCCUCCAGAGGUCGCACCGGGGGAUCUCGGUGGACGGCGGUGGCGAGACGGUUGAGAGCAUCGCCGGUUAGAUGA